UGUGUGUGUGUGUGUUGAAUUCCAGGUCUGGUAUGUGUGACACAGCAGUGUGGGACAUUCAGGGUUCUUGGGUUUAUAUAAGGAACACACACCUGCACUCUCGCUCUGUCAUUUAAAAACACACCUGUGAGGUGAGACAAAAACUUUCAGAACUGGUUUCCAGUUUGGCUACUGGCCAACAGCUUUUGUUGGCAGAUUCCAGAGAACAGUUGUCGUACUUUAUUGGUUUGUAAUUGGUCUCAUAAUGUUCUUGUGUAAUUGUAGAAAACAUCAGCGCAAUCAUAAAUGCUGUGACGCACAUGAAAACAUUUCACUUCCCGCAAACGGCAGCUCUCUGCUCUGAUUGGAGGAAGCAGCUUCUCUCUGAUGUUUCUGUUCUAAUGAGGAUCUGCUGCUGAGUUCACCAAAGGUUUUCAGUGUGUCUCAUUAAGGACAAACAGUCCUGAAGAGUCUUGAACUCAAAACGGGUUGAUGGGAACAAAAAGUAAGUUGACAUUUGAUGCAAAGUUCUGAUACUUUUUGCUCAGUACCAAAAUUGUCUUCAGGUUAGAUACUAAUAUGAAGCUUAGUUCUUACCUGCAGAAUAGCUGAUGUAUUAAAGCAUCAAUGUCCACGGUGGAAUUUCAUCGUUUCGAUUUUUUAUUAUUUUGCUUUUUUGAAAGAAGAUCUAUUUUGUCGACCAAAUAGUAGUUAAAUGUACGACAUUUGCUGCCACUAACAUUUAGUACCAUUACUUCGUUGUGAUGUACUUCCUGUGAGAGAGAUUUGGGGUGGGACACGUGUGAAGUAACCAAUGAGCUGUUUGUUAUGGAGACGAAGGAGACGCGGUGCAGCAAUACAGAUGAAGAACCGAGACGUCCCACGGCUCGCUUAAAGCUCAGCCCGGCUGUGAGCCCAGUCCUCAGAGCGGUGCUGUUGGGUGGAGACAUGGCGGCGCUGAGGUGGGAGGUUCUGCUGUUCCUGGCGGUCGUCCUGCUGGUGUCCUGUGGCGCUGCGCCCACCGACAUCCUGUAUCGGGUUCCUGAGGAGCAGCCGCCCAACACGUUGAUCGGUAGCCUGGCGGCGGACCAGGGCCUUCCCGAUACCGGGCACCUCUACAAGCUGGAGGUGGGCUCGCCCUACCUGCGGGUGGACGGAAAGACCGGCGACAUCUACACCACCGAGAUCCCCAUCGACCGUGAGACGCUGAGGGACUGCCGCAACCUGUUUGAGGGCGACAAGUGUUUCCUGGAGUUUGAGGUGUCGAUCACCGACAUGGUGAAAGGCAUCGGCUCGGGGCCGCGGCUGAUCGAGGGACGCAUCGAGGUGCUGGAUAUCAACGACAACACACCGCAGUUCUCCUCGCCCAUCCUCACCCUGUCCAUCCCAGAGAACACGCACAUCGGCGCCCUCUUCUCCAUCCCCAUGGCCACGGACAGGGACGCCGGCGCCAAUGGCGUGGCCGAGUACUCGCUGAGCACCGGGCCAGACGCCGACCAGCUAUUCACCCUGCAGGUCGCCGUGGACACAGACGAAAAGCUGCCUCAGCUGGUCGUCAUGGGCAAUUUGGACCGCGAAAAGAAAGACUCAUACGACCUGAACAUCCGGGUGGUAGACGGCGGGAAGCCGGCGAGGGCGAGCAGCGCUCUGCUGCGGGUCACCGUCACCGAUCAGAAUGACAACGCCCCCAAGUUUGAGAGGAACCACUACGAGGCCGAGCUGCCGGAGAACAGCCAGCAGGGACACUCAGUGCUGCAGGUCAGAGCCAACGACGCAGACACCGGCACCAACGGAGAGAUCGACUACAGCCUCCACCAGGCCUCCGACACUGUCCAGAGGCUCCUGCGCAUUGACCGCUCUACGGGCAUCAUCUACGUCAAGGGCCUGGUGGACCGUGAGGAGGAGAACUUCCUCAAGUUCUUUGUGGUCGCCAAAGAUCGUGGACCCAACUCCAAGAGCUCCAAGGUCCUGGUGACCAUCAACGUCAAAGACCAGAAUGACAACGCACCAGCCAUUGAGAUCCGUGGUAUUGGCUUGGUCACACACCAGGAUGGCAUGGCCAACAUCUCCGAGGACAUGCCCAUAGGCACGCCGGUUGCGUUGGUCCAAGUGUCGGAUCGUGAUGAGGGGGAAAAUGCGGUGGUGACGUGCGUGGUUGCCGGCGAUGUGCCAUUUCAGCUGCGACCUGCCAGUGAGUCAGCCAACGAUCGGAAGAGGAAAUACUUCCUGCAGACAACUACCCUGCUGGAUUAUGAGCGUGUUAAGGAUUACAGGAUUGAAAUUGUUGCUGUGGAUUCUGGGAAUCCAGCCCUGUCCAGCACCAAUUCUCUCAAAGUCCAGGUUACAGACAUGAACGAUAACACGCCAAACUUUUCUCCUUCGUUGCUUGAGGUGGACUUUCCAGAGGGCAACCAGCCAGGUGACAAGGUGCUGGAUGUGUUGGCUACAGAUGCAGACAGCGGCACCAAUGCAGAGCUCGUCUAUAGCAUCAUUGACAUCCCUUCCACAAGGCUCUUCGAAAUUGAUGCUGACACCGGAGAGGUUCGUGUAAAGAACUUGCUGGAUCGGGAAGAGACGGAGCGGUAUGAGUUCCGUGUGGCAGCAGCAGACAAGGGCGUUCCUAGCAAAACUGGCACCGCUACAGUGAUGAUUAACGUUCUGGACCGCAAUGACAAUGACCCCAAGUUUAUGCUGAGCGGCUACAGCUUCUCUGUCAUCGAGAACAUGGCCCCGCUCAACCCCGUUGGUGUGGUGACUGUCACUGAUAGCGAUAAAGGGGAGAACGCCCGAGUGAGGCUGUUUGUGGAGCCGGACAAUGGCAAGUUUGUCAUCCAGAACGGCACAGGAACCAUCCUGUCAAGCAUCUCCUUCGACCGUGAGAAGGAGAGCACCUACACCUUCCGCCUGAAGGCUGUGGACGCCGGUGACCCACCCCGAUCCUCCUAUGUGGGUGUGACCAUCAAUGUCCUGGAUGAGAAUGAUAAUGCCCCUUAUGUCACCAAACCAGCCAACUCCUCCUACACAUACAUGUCGCCUGUCACCCCACCAGAGACCCGUGUGGAGGUGGUAGAGGCUGAGGACAUUGACUCUGGACCCAAUGCUGAGCUGGUGUACACCAUCACAGGUGGCAACCCUUAUGGCCUGUUCCACAUUUCGCCCAGCAGCGGGGAGAUCACACUGGCACAAGAAUUCACGGGGAAGCACAACGGGCUGCACCGCCUGGUGGUCAGGGUCAGCGAUAGAGGCAAACCUCCACGCCACACCACCGCCCUGGUCCAUGUUUUUGUCAAUGACACAAAGACCAAUGUCUCCCUCAUCGAGGCGCUGGUUGGACACAGCCUCUACACUCCGCUGGACAGAGACAUUGCUGGAGAUCCCAACUACGCCCUUACUCAGCGCAGCAACAUCCUGUACGGCAGUCUCGCCGGUAUUGCUGGUGUGAUUCUGGUCAUUGUAGCAGUGAUGGUCAUCAGACACCGCCUGCAGAAGGACACCAAGAGUGGGUACCAGGCUGGCAAGAAGGAGAGUAAGGACCUGUAUGCUCCCAAGCAGGGCCCUAAAAACGGCAAAGGGAAAAAGAGCAAAAAAGGAAAAGCUCCUAAACCGAUCAAUCCACUGGAGGAGGAGGAGGAGGCCACCCUGCAGAAAGGCCACAAAUUCAACCUCAUCAACGACAAUGUCAACGACAGUCCCAGAAUCCACUUGCCUCUCAAUUACCCCCCGGGAAGCCCCGACCUGGGCCGCCACUACCGCUCCAACUCCCCCCUACCCUCCAUCCAGCUGCAGCCACAGUCGCCCUCUGCCUCCAAGAAGCACCAGGCCGUUCAGGAUCUCCCCGCCACCAACACCUUCGUGGGAACGGGCGACAACAACUCCACAGGCUCCGACCAAUAUUCGGAUUACAGCUACAAGGCCAACCCACCCAAAUACAGCAGCAAACAGCUCCCCCACCGCCGAGUGACCUUCUCCACGGCCAAUCAGGCGCAGGACCUGCAGGAUGCGUCCCAGCACAGCUACUAUGACAGUGGCCUGGAGGAGUCGGAGACGCCCAGCUCCAAGUCAUCGUCGGGGCCGCGGAUCGGGCCGCUGGCGUUGCCGGAGGACCACUACGAGCGAACCACGCCUGACGGCAGCAUUGGCGAGAUGGAGCACCCGGAGAACGGUGGAGCGUCGUCGAGCACCGAGCCGGAGAGGGGGGCCGGACAAAAAAGACUGCCUUAAGACAAAACUAAAGACACAAAGAGCAUCUAAAGCUUCUUUUUUUUUCUUCAUCCAAUUUACAAAAAGAAAACAGAUUAAGUCCUGAAGCUUUUUUUCCUCUCUGAUGCAGUUCUGAGGAUUUUUCUCUCCUCCCUUCCCUCCUUGCCUGUGGUUGUGAACUGCUUUUUUUGCUUCUUGUUGCACAUUCUUGGUACACAAGUUUCCUUCAAGGAGAAUCGAAUCACACAAAAGCAGAUGAAAGAAAAAACAUUUUUGUCGGAGAAAAUAUCUCGAGUAACAAGGAAUUAUUCGUGUCUGAUUCUUCUGGGGUCUUUUUUUCCUCGCCAUGUCCUUGGUAGGCUAUUUUUCGGGAGGUGGAUUUGUACUUUUUGUCGACGCUGUGCUGUUCUCUGUGUGGAUGUAACUGAAGCCUGAGUGGACUCGUCCGUUGGCUGUGGAUUAUCGGCUCUCCACCUUCCAUGGGUUUUUGCUCUUGUUGCUCUUUUUCCAGCUGUUUUUUGCCGUGUGAGGACUGUACUUCCUCUUUGUUUCCCCAGGGUCACGCUUCAUAGGCGAAUCAGUCUCUUUUCUGACUUUUUUCUGUCCAUUUUUGGUCGCCCUGGUGCCUGUAGUUGAUGAUUGACAGUCAGGGUUCGGAGGACAGGGUGAACAGCAGUUAAUCAGCUAACCCACCUCCUCUCACCGGCCAAAAGAAACUCUGUGGUAGUAAUCUGUUUUGGUCCCCAUUUCCUCUGUGUCAUUCCUCCCUGCUUGAUCAAGACAGUUGGUGACAGUUAAAGGAACAGUCCAACAUUUAGGGAAAUCCUCGUGUUUGUCAUUAUACCCAGUCAGAUGGCAAGAUGUUUAUCAGUUUGGGUCCGGUACAAAAUAGGGCAGAUUGGAAGCAGGUGGAAACUGCUAGCUUAGCUUCAUCAAACACCUUUAGUCCAUCAUAGUGUGAUCUGCGCAAAAGUACAAGAAAGCAACAAGAAGUGACUGCAAUGCCAAAGAUACAUUUGAAAUAGUACACACAGAAUCUGUAGGAGCGCUUAGACACUUAUUUUUCAAAUGACUGCAGCGCCAGUCAGUCUCUUCCAACAACUCUGGGAAUAUAUUUUCUUUUUAUCCUUGACAGGCCUGUGAAGUUUUUGCAUGCCACAUCAAUUCCCUGCAGUUUCCAAAAAUUAGGUGGCAUUUGGCCCCUUGAUGGCGCCAUACAAAACAAUAAAUUGUUAGAACAACAAAUUUAGCUCAGAAAUAUUAAUAAUCUGUUCUCAUUCUGUGCAAUGUAUCCAAAAGCUUGGCUAGCAGUUUCCCUUUACUUUCAGUCUUUAAAAAAUGUGACAGGUAAAUGUAUAACUAUACAGUAGAUAUUAUUAUGAUGAUGAUGAACAGAGAGAAAGGAUUCAAGCAGGCCUACACAUCUAUCUAUCUAUCUAUCUAUCUAUCUAUCUAUCUAUCUAUCUAUCUAUCUAUCUAUCUAUCUAUCUAUCUCAGCUAGCUAACUAGCUAUCUGCUGCUGCUGCAUAUUUGAACCAAAUCAGCUCUCCAUCUUCAUCAUCCAUCUUCUCUGUCUGCCACAAACAAAGACAAAACUAUUUUUCAUGGAGUGUAUGGUGUAACUGGUUGAGAUGCUGGUUAACCCAGUCAUCUGGUCAGUUAAAACCUUUUUUGACCUGUCAGUCAAAUCACAAAGAGCUGAAACUGUCACUGACCUGUAAGUCAGACCUCGUUUUUCUUGUAUUUUCCAGUAAAUAAAGCUGUGUAGGACUCAGCUGGUUGGUUAGUAUGACAGCUUAGUAACAGAUGAGUAACUUUGACCUUUGACAGUGUGCUUAUUCUGAAAUAUUACAGUAUGUUUAUGGGAUAUAACGUUGUAAAACGGUGAGUUUGAAUAAUUGUAGUCAUCAUUGGUUUGCUGUAGGACUCAAAGAGAGCAGCUCAGUGACCUGCUGCGUACCUGUGAAUGUACUUUGUAUUUUUCUUUUUUUUACAAUAAACAAGUGCUGAUAUCCUA